AUGAUGCGCCUCGGCCUGCGCGGCGCACGCCUUGCCUCGACCUCAGCCUCGACCUCCGCCUCUGCCGCCUCGGCGUCGACGUCAGCAGCGCAGCAGUACGGUCCGGGACCCGGCGCGACGACGCACUACCGCAUCACGCUCCGCCGCUCCGCCAUCGGUCUGCCUGCCAAGACUGGCCGCGUCCUCGAGUCUCUCGGCCUCACCCGUCGUCUGCAGAGCGUGAUCCGACCUCAGCGCGCCGACAUGGCGGGCGCGAUCCUGGCGGUCAAGGAGCUGGUGCACGUCGACACCGUGCGGCGACUGGAUGCGCCGACGCAGGAGCACUACGCGCUCAUCGAGAUGGGCGCAAGCCCGAAUGCCGUGCUGGACCUGGACGCGGUCUGGGUCGAUGAGAAGGGAGAGGUCGUCUCGUGGGGUGCGGCUGCGCGCAAGGCGCCGAGGGGGUACCGCGUGACGGGAAACCUUGUGUCGCCCGAGAGGGACGCUGAGGUGAAGCUGCGAAGGGAGAGCGAGGAGUAA